AUCAGAGCUGUCAGUGCCAGGAGACGGCUGGUCCCCACAAGAGCAGCGCUUACUUUGACUCCUUUAGCUGUGAAUAAAAUUAAACAGCUGUUACAGGAAAAACCAGAAUACAUGCUGCCAGGCCUGCUGAGCUUUUCCAGCAACCUGAAGCUCACUGCCCGAAAGGCAGUGUUUUUUUAAGUAUUUUUGAUGAACUUUUAAAACACAAUUGUAUGGAAGAUGAUGGGUCAAGUACUAGAAAAUUGGACCAGAUUGGAUUGAAGAUUGGAGUCCGAACCAGAGGAUGCAAUGGUUUGUCUUACACUUUAGAAUACACAAAGGAGAAAAGAGAAUCAGAUGAAGAGGUAGUCCAGGAUGGUUUCGGAAUUAUUACUUGCCAUUGAAAGUUUAAGCAAGGGGCGGCUAAGGCCUUACAUCGAACAGAAGCAUGUGAAAGAAGAAUCAGAUCAGAAGAAGCUCCAGUUUUCCAAUAUGAAGAUGUCUACAACAAAUGAGAAUCUGCUUACAAAAACAGUAAAAUUACCAGAAUAUAACAAUAUUAGAUGUGGUGCAGCAAAAACAUUUGCAGCACCCCCUCAACGAAGCAUUUUUGAAUGUAAUAUUGAUGCAAAAUCUCUUAAAUGGAACAUAGACACAAAAUUGCAAGUUAAUCAAAAAGGAAAGCUUGUAUGUAAUUGGCCCCAAAAGCCCAAACUUGAUAAUCGAUUUGACCGAGGUAUUGGUCCACUACGGAAGAAAACUGUACAAUCAUUUAAUAGAGACAUUAUACCCUCAUCCUACUUAAAACCACUUACACCAGAAAAAAAUAGAAAACAAAGGCCAGCUGCUGAAAAGACUCGUCAAGUCAGAAACACAUGUCCAAAUAUCAAAUCGUUUCUAAUUCGUUCCCGAAUACAGAAGUCAACGUUAGCAGGGCCAAUUCACUAUGAACCCUUCCUUGGCUUGAAAGAUUUACAGUGGAAGUUAUAUAAAGGAGCUUUGAGAAGACAAGCACCUGAAGUGCUAAUGGAUGAACGUAAAUGCAUAAUACAACCCAUUCUAACAAGUGGUCCUCGUAAAGGAAGUUUUUCUGUUCCUUUGAUCUGUAAAGACAGAUUUGACUUGGAAGCAGUUUGGAUUGGACUGGCACCCUCCAAGGACACACACAACAGUUUGUCAGGAAUGUGAUUGAACCUGCAUAACCCUCCCACGGUACUGUCCCUCUAACAGUCUAGAACUCCUUCAUUACCUUACUGGAGCUACGAUAUUGAUUUCAAAUGGGACUUGAAUCCACACAUUCCUUCUUUGAGUUUAGUGUGAUAUAAAAAUGCAGAAAUUAAAGCAUUAGAAGCUACUACAGAAAAUAGUACAGUGCUGGUCUAAGACAGUGGAAGAGCUUCUAUGGGACUGCUAGGAAUCAAUAAACUACUAAGCAGCUAAGUAUGCCACUACUGUUACAGACUUCAUUAGCAAGUACAUAGAAGAGUGUUGUCUGGAACAGGGUGUCUCUAAGACCCUUCAGACUCCUCAACCAGUGUAUACAAUAUUAAUUUACCCAGGCACCUCAGAAUGUAUCAGGAAAUGACUACACAGCACAAGUCUGCAGUCAGUGAACCAGGUUGCUACUUUAUUUGAAGACAACAAAAGUUGAGUUAAAUUUUACAUUUUUAACAACAAUUGGUAAUACUUCCCAGAAGGUUUUAAUUAAUGAAUGUGGAUAUAGAAGUCCCCAAAUUUAUUUCAAGACAUGGUCUGAGAGAAAUAAAAAUUUUAUCAGUGUAAAAGAAUAGGUGACGUUUUAGCUCAGACAAUGCAUGUUAAGUGUGAGGCCUUGCUUAGAAUCUGUUUUUUUAGUUUGGAAUUAGACUGGUUUUAUUUCUAAAGUGGGAAUUUAUAAAACGCCAUAUUGACUGACUGUGAAUU